UGGACGGAGUGUUUUUAAACCGUCGCCUGGCCUUAAGGGAAAAUAAUGUGGAGAGCCCCUGGGAACAUCCAGAAUAAAACCAGUGCGCUCGGCCGGGAAAAGAAAGGUGUUUACAAACAAACAGAGACUGCGGUGUCCGCGAGACGACUGCAGCUCGUGUCUGAUCGCGCUACACGAUGGCAAACGCGACUCAGACUCAGACCGAGGUGUAUCUGUUCGAGCAGGUGAUCGUGCUGUUCUCGUGCGCGCUCUCUUUCCUGGGCUCCUCUCUGAUUAUCCUCACCUACAUUAUUUGGUCGGAUUUGAGGACAACUCCGAGGAAACUGCUGGUUUACCUCUCGGUGUCUGACUGGCUCUCUGCUGUCUCCUACGCCUUCGGAGUGUGGAGCGUCUUCCGCACAAACUCGGCGGAGUGCGUCGCUCAGGGAGCGAUCUCCACUUUCGCCAACACCAGCUCCUUCUUCUGGACCGUGGCCAUCGCCGUUUACCUGUACGUGUUCAUCGUGAGGGCCAACCAAAGAGUCGCUGACAGCCUCGUGUUGGUCUUCCACCUCGUCAGCUGGGGAAUUCCUCUGGCCAUCACUAUUGCAGCUGUGAGUCUCAACAAGAUUGGUUACGAUGCAUCAGAGGUGUCAGUGGGCUGGUGCUGGGUCAGGAUCAACGUUCAAGACCGGGUCCUGUGGAUGCUGCUGACUGGAAAGAUCUGGGAGUUCUUGGCGUACCUCACCCUCCCCUUCCUCUACAUCCUGAUCAAGAGGCACAUCCACAUAGCGCAUGCAGCCCUCUCUGAGUACCGUCCCAUCUUGGCCAACAGGCCUCCCGCCCACUCCUUCUCCUCCAUGGCUGAUGUGAAGCUCACGCUCAUCCCCAUCAUCUUCAUCGUCCUACGCAUUUGGAGCACGGUGCGCUUUAUCCUGCUGCUAGCCGACUCAAAUGUCAGACAGAACCCAGCGCUGGUCACGCUGCACGGGAUUGGCAACACCUUGCAGGGAGCAGCCAACUGCGUCAUGUUCGUCUUGUUCACUCAGCCGAUCCGCACACGCCUCUGCGCCGCGCUCAGCUCCUGCUCCCAAUGUCGAGCAGAGGCGCAGCGCCCGCACAGGCUGCUACCGGAGCAGGACGCGACCGCCCAAAGAGAAGAAGACACCACUGAACGAGGCCGCGCCGACAGAUGAGACUUUGUUUUGUGCAAUGAGAAGAUGAGGGCAAAGCAAAGAGGCUGACAUGAAGGGAGGAGGAGUUCUCUACUUCACCUCGAGCCCUCAUUACACAAAGUGCUCGUGCGAUGGCUUCUUCAGAUUCUGCAGGAGCAUGCACUUCUGUGUCAUGUGUCUGCACUGUGGGUGAUGGGGUGUUGCUGCCUGAUUUUAUAUUAUUUACACAUAAGGUGAAGCAUUAUUUGCAUUUAUUGUUCUGUAGGUCACAUGGGUAAAGUGUUUUGUUUUGUUUUUCUUUGGGUUGGUGUGUGUUGAUGAUUUCACUUCCCCUUUCCAAAGAAAGUGAAGGAGGUCUGAAGGAGCUCUGCUUACCAUGUACUGUACUCAGGUUAACACUGUGAAGGAUUUUUGUUGUUGUUUGUUUUUCUAGUAUCCGAGUAUUGUGAAUUUGGGGAGAAACUUUUGUUGGCCCGGUUAUGUUACGAACAACAGAGAAAAAGGUAAAGCUUUGUCGCUUUAGGUCACAAUUAUACUGUAAUUUUUUUGUGUUUUUCUUUUUUGUAUCAUCAACAAAUGUGGCCAGAAGCUCUAAAUACACUACUCCUGAAGCAAAGACAGGAGCAAUGCAUUUACUCACAUCUAAAGAGCUGUGCAUUAUACUAACUGUUAGCUUGACUUCUCUUUCACUGGAGAUACUAUAUUGUUACAUUUUGGGGUAGAUUAUCAUCAUUUU